GCGCAGAUCUUGUCAACGAUCGAGCCACGUUCCAUGUGACCGUUCACCCACUUGUUUCUUUCCUCUCGUGGGCGCACAGACCACCGCCCGAAAUUCGCUUUGACUUAUUGGCUCUUGCUCACUGGGAAUGUCUAUCUCGUCGUCGUCGAGAGCGUCAGUCAGAGCUGCAUAUAGGGAUCUCCUACGAGCUGCUUCGCAUACUUUUGUGGACGAUCCCGUAGUUAAAAAUGCAUUCAGGUUGAAAAUGAGAAAUGAGGUCUUGCCAUGCCCUUUAACGAUGGACCCAACGCAGUUUGAAGAGAAAAUCGUGUUGACUAGGGACAUUGCCGAUGUAUUGCGGAAGAAUAUCGUCCAAGCGAGAAAGAUCGAGUUACCGAGUUCCAACGAGGAUCGAUAUCAGCUUAGGCUAACAGAACACACUGAGUUGGGUGACAACGAGAGCAUCAAGAACCCACGACCAGUGUCCGCUCGCAGCGCACGGAAACGCAAAGGACAACCCUCACCUUCGGAUGAUACAAAUACACCCAGUACCGAUACACCUAGUCCUAAUCCUAAUAUACCACGAUAUUUUUCCCAACUCAAGAAAGCGCAUAAACAAAGGCAAGUUCCAGAAUUGAGAGAAGACGAUCUGGAAGAGUCUUUUGUUAGAGGUAGCGGACCCGGCGGACAGUCCAUUAACAAAACUCAGAACAAUGUACAACUGCUUCAUAAACCGACUGGUAUCAGAGUAUCUUGCCAGGAAACACGGUCGCUAGAUCUCAACCGAAGGUAUGCUAGGAAGCUUAUACUUGAGAAGUUGGACCACUUAUACAAUCCGGGGUUGUCCAAGGAGGACUUGAGAAAGGCUAAGCAACUAGAGCGAGAACGGCGGAGGAGAAAGAAGGCAAAGAAGAAGGCAAAAGCAAAAGGGGAUGAUGCAGAGGAGAAAGACGAAGACGAAGAAGAUUGAUGACUUCUUAUCCCUUUUUAUCCUUCACUCUAUUGCCUUGUACGCCGACGUAGUACCAGAUACUGCAUUUUGAACCACAUCUUCCAGACCGCCUUGAUCGAGACUUUUUGAGUUUCCAUC